CAAAAGCGAGGUGCCCGUGCAACUACUUACAUCUGACUACAAAUAUUUCUUCAUAGGUACCUAUAUUUCCUCGCAAAUUCCAUUUCUGGAUGACUUUACUUUGCCCAUGUUGGUGCACCAAGCUCUAAUCCAUUUCAUUCGCAGCUUCCCACCAAGCCCUAAUCAACUUUCUGCGCAGUUUCCCUCAACUUUCUGCUAGGAUAAGGUGAGUCCAACAAUAGACACAUCCAUGUUUGGGCGCUGAACCGACCAAGUGCGGCGUUGGGAUAAUUUCAUUCACUCAGUUGAUUGGAAUGGGAUUGGGCAUGGUUACUUACAAGGUUCACCCUCUACUUCUAUAAUUAACAACCGUCUUCCUUGCAACUUCACUUACUACCAACUCGUUUGUAAGCAAUAGCUUGUUUCAGAAUCUCAGAUAUACUUUCAGUGAAUUCUAUGUAAAUGUGUAGCAUAUAGAAUCUUUUCCAAGCAAGUUUUUGUUGGAAGGAGAGGAUUGAAAAUGUGUACCAUGGGAGCUAAUUGAUGAUGUAUUUUACCGAGUAAAGACUACUUGUUGUUCUUUCUCACAAAAUUCCAUCAGUUGGAUGGUACCCAAGUACCUGGUUUCUUACAAUCCUCCUAAAUUAAGUUCAUUGACAUUAUAAGAGAGUUUUUUUCUAUACUGGAGCUCUUGAUGUGGGAUAAAAAUGUCAAUUUUUCCCCUGCUAUUAGUCCUGUUUUCCUGCCUACUCAGCUCGGAUUGUUUCACUACCGAUGGCUCACAUCAUUCGAAGGACCAACAAUCUCUCCUGGCUUUCAAGUCUUCCCUUAUUUUCCCACCCAACCAUCCAUUAUCGAAUUGGACAGUGGAUAUUCCUUUCUGCAAGUGGGCCGGGGUUAUAUGUGAUAGACUACAGGAAAGAGUACUUUCCCUCAAUCUCUCAGCAAUGGGUUUACAGGGUUUUAUUUCUUCUCGUCUCACCAACAUGUCCUUUCUUGAGACCAUUGAUCUCUCUGCCAAUGCCCUUAAUGGCUCUAUCCCACCACUGAUAGGAAGCCUUUCUCAGCUGAAGUAUCUGUCCCUGAGAGGAAAUAGAUUAGGAGGUAACAUUCCCUCCUCUUUGGUAGGACUCUCAGCACUGGUGCACUUGGAUCUGGGGCACAAUAUGUUAUCAGGACAGAUACCCGAUCAUAUUGCUAAUCUCACUAGUUUAACCCUUCUUGAUUUUAGUGUAAAUCAUCUGAACAGCACCAUUCCAUCAUUGAAAGGGCUAAAAAAUCUGGAGCGGUUGUUUCUGCAGAAAAACCAGUUUGUUGGUACUAUCCCGGAUGCAUUGGGUCAGCUACAACAUUUGCAUCUAUUGAAGAUUAGCCAUAACAAACUUUCUGGCAGAAUUCCUGAAUCAGUCGGCAAAUUGCGACAGCUGAGAAGGCUCUUUCUUCAUCACAACCACUUGUCAGAUCUGAUACCGGCCAGUUUAGGCUCCUGCAAAAAAUUACAAGUGCUGGAUUUGUCUCACAAUUGUCUGACUGGAAGCAUACCACAAGAAGUUGCAAAUCUCUCUCACAUAAAAUUUUAUGUGAAUCUGUCAUUCAAUUUGCUAGAGGGUGCUCUGCCUCAAGAGAUUGGCAGGCUUGUGAAGGUUCAAGCUGUAGACAUUUCACGCAACAGGUUGAGUGGUGUAAUUCCAGAGACCCUUGGAAACUGCACUGAAUUGCGGUAUCUGAACUUAUCAAGAAAUGGCUUAAAAGGUACAGUCGCCAAUCCACUUGGAAAUCUACAAAAUCUGAGAUAUUUGGAUCUUUCUUCCAACUUUCUUUCAGGUACAAUUCCCCCAUCUCUCAAAGGGUUGAAAUUCCUUCUUUUCUUAAAUUUGUCAUUCAAUUGUCUAGCAGUUGAUGAGGAUGGGGGAAAAUCUUUUGUAAAUAGUAGUGCAAUUAUAUCUCUAAUUGGGAAUCUCGGCCUGUUGGGGUCAAAUGCAUCCUCUUUGCCUGCAUGUGGAAGACAAAAUAGUUUUAAGGGAACCCCACCAUUGAGAACGGUAAUGGAAAGAGUAGCAGUUGGGGCAUUUGGUAUUACUGCUUUUAUAUAUAUUUUAGGUUUUGUAUGGACAAGAAGGUUGGAUAUAAGGACCUUCUACCUGUGGAGUUUAGUAGUAGAGCAAGCACUCACAUUUACCGGGCUGAAAUAUCCAAAAAUCUCCUAUGAAGAAAUUGAGCGAGCAACAGCAGGAUUCAGCGAUGACAACUUGUUGGGAAAGGGAAAUUUUGGAUCCGUGUAUAAAGGGAUUUUGGAUGAUGGCAGGGAUGUUGCUGUGAAGGUUUUUGAUUCAACGAACAAGAACGCCUUCAAGAAUUUUACAGCGGAAUGUAAGGCACUGAGAAAUGUUCGACAUCGAAAUGUGGUUAAAAUUAUAACCACCUGUUCCACCAACACCUUCAAUGGUUUGAUAUUUGAAUUCAUGCAUAAUGGAAGCUUAGAAAAGAAUUUGUAUCAUCCUUCCUGUGAAUUGGGACUGAGGGAACGACUAAACAUAGCUUUAGAUGUAGCUCAUGCCAUCGAAUAUCUUCAUCAUCGGUGUGAAAAGCAAAUAGUGCAUUGUGAUAUAAAACCAAGUAAUGUGCUUCUAAGCAAAGAUCUCGUGGCUUAUUUGUCAGAUUUUGGAAUAGCCAAAUUAAUGGACAAAAAUUCCCUCGCCACUGUCAAUUUCAGAGGUUUGAAAGGCACUAUAGGGUAUAUAUCGCACCAGAGUAUGGGGUGAGUGGCAGGGUUUCUACUGCAGGAGAUGUUUAUAGUUAUGGCAUCUUGUUAUUGGAGAUGCUAACAGCAAAGAGGCCCACUAACCCUAUGUUUCAGGGGGAUUUGACCCUCCGCAAGUGGGUGAGUAAUGCAAUCCAAGAUCAAAUGUUUGAUGUACUUGACCAAAGGUUGGGUGUCCAAGAUCAAAUGUCGAGUAAUGCAAUCCAAGAUCAAUUGUUACGAAUUGGUUUGUGGUGUUCGGAAGAUUCGCCUGAUGCACGGCCCACAAUCACACGGGUGUCGAGUCUUCUGGAGCUAAUCAUACAGCCUUGGCUGGUGGGGACAAAUCGUACUAAUCUACAAAGUUUAAAUGAUCUGUUAGAGGCAGAGCCAUGGAAUGAAAGUUGGCCUGUAAGUUUAAGAUGGCGUGAAAGUUUUGAUGUGGUCUGAGGGAUCCAUUUUCUAUUUAUCGUCUAGAGGUAAUUCCCAACUAUGCUACAAGAAGUUUCUUCUCCAAAGACUGUCGUCACAAAAAAAGGCGACCAUAUUCAUUCUAAUUUGCUGUUAUGUUAUGUUCUUUGAUGUGAUCAUGUGAUUUGAAUUAUUGAGAAAAGAUAUACGUCUAUAGGUAAAACAUAAGGGAAACGUUCCCUUUGUUCUCACUUGUUUACCUCAAAAUUUAGUUGCUGA